CCUCAGACGAUGUAGCUCCAACCUAGAAAUAGGCCGAUGGCUUGGAGGAGGAGGCCGUGGCACUACUAGCCACAGACCUCCAAUUGAUUCAUCGUUGCGGGACCUUGACUGCAAAAUAGAUGGCUUAUAGCUCUGUGACGGUCUGAGUUCCAUCAGCUACGAGCUCCGUCAGCUGAGUCGCUGGUGAUACCGCGCUUAGGUUCCCAAACUGCCACAGCGAUGCUCAGUACGAGUCUCUCUAGUCUGCGUGAACGCGAAUCGGCGGGAAAUGGCAGUCAUCUCGGACUUGUUUCGAGUUAAACAUCCCAAGAUUGUGAAAGCUCAUUUUAACUCAUGGCUGCAUCGGGAUUGUGGGCUCAUUAAGUCUGACAGCUGGCAUGCCCCUUCAUUUCGACCUUUUUCCAGCAACAUCCACUUCAAACACUUGCAACAGGGGCAUGGCAAUCGAGAAACUCUCCCUUCUCCAACUGCGGCAAGGCUUGCGCUGGUGCGUCGCAUCACAGCUGCUAGAGCAUCAAAGGUCCCGUCCAAGCCGCAUCUCGCUAACUCCCGAGCGUUGGCGAAUUGCUUUACCUAUCUUGGCCAAUUGGCCAUCUUCCCCUCGUGUUGCAGGAUUGUGCGGUUCGUAAUGCGGUCUCGGCAGUCCCAUCAGGGCGUCUCGUUGGAUCUGUCUUUUCAUGCAUCGCUGCACCACGAGGUGCUGGACCUAUUGAAGCACAAGCAACAACCUUAGCACCCGCUGCCAUGGUUAUAGCAAAUUCAGAAUAUGCAUGCCACGAUUCAUCUCAUCAGCCAAGGUUGGAGCAAUGACGGCGAGCUUUCUAGCCAUUACACCAUGUACUCCAUCACUUCUCGUCAGUCCUCUCCGUAGUGGAUAUCAUAGCAGAGUACAUGGUCUACUGGUCACGAUGACCUUGGUCGGAUUGCUGGAGCUGGACACCGCGUCCCAUCAACCGGCGGCAUACAGAACAGCUCGACAGCCAGUACUACUAGUAUUCAAA